UACCGAAAUAUGGGCAGCCGGCAGCCGUUAUAGAGUUGUCAGAAUUCCAACCUCAAAAACAAUCAAUUUGCCUCUAAAAAAUACGCGGAGCAUUUUACGAGUGGUUUUUUUUCUCUAAUAGCUUAAGCUACAGAUUCACAUAAACAUAGACUACGUGCCAGUUGCGUGAGCCCCGAAAUUUUCUAGGGUUUUCCCCAAUUUGGCGUAGAAGUCAAAAUGCCGCCAAAGAAAAAAGUAGCUACUGGCUACAAAUUUGCUGAGCCUCUGCCUAAAGGCACCGUUCUCACGGACGGGGCCAAGCAGUCGUGGAAGCUCGGUGCUUCGAUCGGGAAAGGGGGCUUCGGGGACAUUUACGAAGCCCGAAAGGACGGCACCAGAGGCGCCAGCUAUCCCUGCAUAGUUAAAAUUGAACCUCAUGCCAACGGCCCCCUUUUUGUGGAAAUUAACUUUUACAUCAGACAUGGAAAACCUGCCGAUGUUGAGGCGUACAAAAAGGCAAAAAAGCUUCAAACGCUUGGAAUUCCCCUUUAUUACGGGUCAGGCUCCCAUGACUUCAAGGGCGAAAAAUACCGAUUUUUAGUAACCGACAAGUUCUCCAGGGAUCUUCACACUGUGUUCCAAGAACAUCAGGCUUUUCAUUCGGGUACAGUGUUUAACAUCGCCAUUCAGCUGCUGGAUGCCCUGGAAUAUAUCCAUUCCACAGGAUAUGUACAUGCAGAUAUUAAAGGUGCGAAUAUUCUCCUCGGGAUACCGGAAGGCAAGCUGGAUAAACAGGUUUACUUGAUGGAUUUUGGAUUGGUCACAAAGUUCACAACGCAAAGCACUUUCAAGCCCAACCCUAAAAAGGCCCAUGAUGGAACAAUCGAGUUUUUGAGCAGAGAUGCCCAUCAAGGCGUGCCAACGAGAAGAGGAGAUUUGGAGAAUUUGGCCUACGUUUUGAUUCAAUGGUUGGGCGGCACUUUACCCUGGGAAGACAAUCUGAGUGAUCCAAAGACUGUCCAAAAAAGCAAAGAAAAGCACAUGUCUUCCGCCAAGGAAAUGGUUAAAGCUUGCUUUGGAUCAAAGCCACAUCCAAAAGCGAUUUCCACCUAUAUAACUUACGUUCUGUCCAUGGACUUUGACACACCGCCGGAUUAUAAGAAAGUACGCUCUAUCUUUGAGUCUGGUCUGAAGGAAGCACGCGAACGUGUCGGGGCGCCAUUGACAUUCCACACAUCGCUCACGCCUACUUAAGGCCAGGGGAGAAGGACUGAAAUUCAACAGGCGGGCCACCAAAGAACAGGGCGGGCGUUUGAUUUUUUAUUUUUUAAGUUUGUAAGUACUUUUUAUAUAAAAUAAUCGUUGCUGGAUGAGCGCCUUAUUGUAUGGGCAGCUAGGAACACUACUACUAACUAAAUUAAGCAUUAAACUUUAGCUGGACGGA